GAAACGGUAGGAAGCAGUUCGAAGCCAGAGGUGAGCUUGUUGGGUUGUUCAUUAUUUUUGGUUGUGCUGUAAAGCAUAUUUACGGUCAACAAAAUGGCGAUGGGAACAACUCAAGGUAAGGCCACUGGCUGGCCAAGAAGAACAAGUAACAGUUCUUUUGAAGGAAAAGUGGUACAGAAUCAAUCCGUAACUAUCAACAGGACAGUUAAUUUAUAUCCUUUGACAAACUAUACAUUUGGAACAAAAGAGCCACUCUUUGAGAAAGAUCCAUCGGUGCCUGCAAGGUUUCAACGUAUGAGAGAUGAAUUUGACAAAAUUGGAAUGCGACGGAGUGUGGAAGGCGUACUUUUGGUCCACGAACAUGGAUUACCCCAUGUCCUUCUUCUACAGCUUGGAACAACAUUCUUCAAAUUACCUGGUGGAGAACUAAAUGCAGGAGAAGACGAGGUAGAGGGCCUAAAACGGCUCCUUACUGAGACAUUUGGACGUCAAGAUGGUGUUAAACAAGAAUGGGUCAUAGAAGAUACUAUUGGAAAUUGGUGGCGACCUAACUUUGAACCACCUCAAUAUCCAUAUGUUCCACCUCACAUUACUAAACCAAAGGAACAUAAAAGGUUGUUCCUUGUACAAUUACAAGAAAAAGCUUUGUUCGCAGUACCAAAAAAUUACAAAUUAGUUGCAGCACCAUUAUUUGAACUUUAUGAUAAUUCACAAGGAUAUGGACCAAUAAUAUCCAGUCUCCCACAAUCACUUUGCAGAUUUAAUUUUAUUUACAUGUGAAAGGACAUCAAAAUAAGAGAUUGAUAUAUUUUAUUUAAGUUAACUGCGAGCUAUUAUGAAUAAUCAUAUGUAUGUAUGUGUGAGAUGACGGAUGCAACAUGAAUUUGCUCUUCUAUGUAUAAUAUAAAAUGUACUAUGAAUUAAAUAAUUUUUUUUAUGUAGUAA